GCCAAGAAUGCUGAAGCUCCUUCGUCAAGCUCGAGCAUGCAUGUCGCGCCUCGGAAUUCGAAGACCGACAAGACAAACAACACUGCAGCUGUUGCUACUCCUUCACCUCCGCAACGACACUAAGGCAUGAUAGAAAGAUAUACUAUAGAUCUUGAUAUCUUCCUGAUUCAGAUUCAGAUUCUCCAUUGGUGUCUUAUCUUUCAGUGAAUACGCGUAGGGGCGUUACGAAAGACAAAAAACAAGUGUUCAGACUCUUGAUGAGUCUUCAACUUCAAUAAAGUAGAUGUAGUUCGUAGACGCAGAAGAGAGAGAGAAACCUAAGCAUGAAGAUCUUCAAUUUCGUAUAGUACUCGAAACCUCCCUAGUAAAGGCUAAACGUCAUGAUCUUCUUCAAGAAUGUGGUAACAGAAACCCCAUCCCUAAAUGUUAAACAUGUUGAUGAUCAUCUGCUAUCGUCUAAUAUCAACAACAGCCUCCGGCGCAACAGGUUCCAAGGGGUCUGUGGUUUGAGCCUUUAUCCCUCAUAAUGAUGCAAAUGCGUCUGCCAUUGACCAGAGAGCAAGCACGCGCACUCUUUGCGCAUUAUGCGAGAGAACAUGCAGAACAAAGAGACACGUCGCAGAAAUUAAGGCUCGCGACCUCGCCGUCAAGGACCUAAUAAAUCGUAAUUGAUUUUGAUUCAUCAAUCUUCAUAGAUAGAUGAUGACGAUGAGAAGCAUUUUUUUUGUGGUUUGCUCAGUCAGACCAAGGACUGGCUGUAGAAGGCAGGGAAAUCAACAAUUGAUGAAUUUGCGCGCGCGCAUCUAACUCUGAGGAGGGCGACGGCUAUGGAAGACACCUCUGACGUAGGGACGAGAAGAGCAUCUACAUUUUCCAGAGCAGGUUAAGGCCCCAAAUAAGUCGUCGUCGACGGACCACUUUUAAUGUUUGAUAGAGUUGUGGAUCGUCAACAUCAAGAGCAGCAACAUCUUCUGGAGUCGUGAAACUUCUAGGAGUUUCAUCAAGCUCCACUUGCACUUCUAGGAGUUUCAUCAAGCUGCAACAUGAAUCUUGAAAAAAAGCAAGAAGUCUUGAAGAUUAUACUCCAGCAUCUCUCUAAAAAGUGGCGGAAAAUGGCGCUGAGGCUGACCCAACAGCAACAGCAUCAGCAGUUAAGGCAUUUGAUAACUCAUCUCCGCAAGACCAAGAGCCCAAGAGCCACUAGCACGAGCCACGACAGAGGAUGCGAAAAAGCUGGAUCCCUUUCCCUCGUGUAGUUGUACUUUGUAGUCUUUCCACGACAGUAGACGUAGAUGAGUACUUAAGUUUGAAAGUAUCUUCCCGGUAGCUCGUAGUCGUGUUUGAAUCGUCGUGAAGCGACAGUAGAGUGAGCUUGAAAGUAUCUUGUCUUCUGUGUCGCUCGUAGUCAUGUUUAAAUCGUCGAUCCCUGUCGUCCCUCGUAGUGUUUAAAAAGUCGUGAAGAGGACGUUCUCCUUUUCAUCCUCUAAAAGACACGACUCACGCCAAAGCCUCUUCUUGUCUCGAAGCAGAGCACAGAGUCUAUUUUCAGAUUUAGGGCUUCCCCUAAUCCAACGCCAACUCUCUGGAGAUCCCUCAUCCUCAAUAGUAUGCACCCCAAUACCAGGGAGAUACUCUUGAGGCAUAUUCUACUUGAGGGAUCUCCACAGGGAUAGGAUCGAAUAGGAUAUUAGUGUGCCUUUGCAGGGAUGAAUUAUUGGGGGAAGCCAAGCUCUAAGAGAUGUGAUCGAUUUCGGCGUCCAUAGGGAAGCAUUCUUCUACUUUCUACAUUUUCAUCGGAUACAGCUUCCGGACUCCGCGAUUCUAGCACUUUGGGAUCAAAUCAUACUGCCGAAAUUUAUGAAGUAGAAUCAAAUAUCUCAAUCUCAAACAAAAAUGUUACCUGCUAUAUCUCUAGAUUGCUAAUAAAUGUUCACCUAUAUCUAUCACGCGGGCUGGUCCUGGAGCGUUCAUUCGCCCUCAGCUACUUUAUGUAAUGGUCGACUCUAGCUAAAAGUGGAAUGAUGUAAGUAUUGUUCGUCGUAGACAAAACGAAAGAAACAAAUACAAAUAGACGCUUCUGCUUGUUGUGCUUCAUCUUGUUCGCCAGCACGACUACAGCCAGUACCUUCUAGACCAACAGGAGCCCACAGUUACAGCGUCUCCGUCUAACUAUCGGCGUGGUGCCUUGCAGAACUCCACGGUAGAGCUGCCCUCUUACAUGGCUGAAACAUUCAUUGGGCAGUGGAUAACGGAUCUGCGGAUGCGGAAUGAGGAGUAUAACAUUACGAAUCCAUCGACUUCAAAGGUUGUCGUUGUAUAUUUAGAUGCACUAGUUGCAGAAGUAGAUGCAGAAGUAGAUUCACACUCAGCAGAGGAAGUAGUGAAAAUAUCUCGAUGUUGUCGGACUAGGACAUUAACAUUGACAUGAGUACUAUUUUAGUAGAACAAGUAGAAGUAUCUUAACCUUAUCGAGGUCGUCGUGUAGAAGUACUAGAAGAUACAUUUACGUCAACGUCCUCGUGGUCUUUCACUAGGAGAAAGUGUCUAGCUUCAACUAAACACUAGUAGGCUUAUGAGGAUUAGUAAAGAUCUUGUUGUAUUUCAUUUUCACGUAGUUGAUUAUCUUGAAUGCUUUGUUCUUCCAUGAUAGUGAGUGUUUGAUGUGUCGUUGUUGAAACUUGAGACCUGUCAUGUGACUGUGGCGUCAUUACUGAGCUCCUCUCAGCUGAGACGAAUCUGUCCCUGACGAUGCCUAUUACUGGUCGUAGUGAUUAGCGGCCAUUAGCUAGUCAAGUGUAAGUGUCGUGAAAACCUUAUCACCAGAAAAUGAAUUUGAAUUUUGGGCGAUAAAAAACCACUUUUUCGAGAAUAAUUGAAAUUUCGACUUCUUUUUUUUGAAAUUUGAAACUUUGAAUUUCUACUUUUUCCAUCUGAGGGAAUCUGUGGAAUGUUGUAGAUAGCAAGAGGGCACACAGAUGCUUACUCUAUCAUAAUGUAGUAAAAGUAGGAUGUACUAUUAAAGUAGUAGUGAGAGGAUCUUCGCUCGAUAGGCAGGAAUAAAGACCAACUACGGUCGCACGUGAUGUACUGCUUCUACUUCAGAAGACGUAACUCUCUUUCCAAAAAUGUAGUUCUUUCACUCCUAGAAAGACUACUAAAGAACUUUGUUGCUCAACCUAGAACAAGAGACAACAACAAGCUCCACCUCUAAGUUCUCUAAUCUCGAAGCAGAAGACAACAAAGAGCAGAUUGCGAGUACCUCUGUGGCGCCAUGGCCUCCAAAAGAACUUGUGCCGAUCGAAUUUUAUGCUCCAUCUCCUAAUCCAUCUCUAGUACAGGGAAGUAGAUUCGUCAACAAUUCAAGGGGAUCCGUCAACGUUUCAUCUGGCGUUGUACCCCAUGAAAAUAAAUGAAUGGCAACUGCAAUAUCUACUAGAAGACGUAGGUGGUGGACGAGUAGACCUAUUUACCUGUUAACUUUUUACUCCGUACUGUAGAUAGUUGACCUUGACGAGGACAGAGUAGAUAGACUGGAAGCGAGGGGAUAGCGCUCGUCUUAGCACCGACCACAGAGAUGCAUCUCCACAGAGAUGGUGAUGGAUGUCCACGGAUAUCAAAAUCAAUGGUUUGCUAGGGACACUUAGCUCUCUCUAAGAAUUUGUUACCGACUUAACAAUCGAGGUACUGCUUCGAAGUGGGAUGUGGGUAGAGUUUGCCAAAGAGAUACUGCGUUCGCUCGACGUCGUCGUCGCUCCGGAUGUUACGAUGAGUAACUUCUCUUGAGGGCGCUUGAUUAGUACACCCAACUUUUAAACUCGUAAAAUAGCAACUCAAAUUGUUGAUGUCAGUAUGAAAAAGUUGACCCCCAUUAAACUCGAAAAAUAUAAAUUGUUGCCAGCAUCAAAAAGCUGGCCCCCAUUAAGUCGAAGCUCGCCGAUGCUAUUUUGGUUCUUUAUCCUUCCUCCGUGGCAGCUUUCACUACACCAAUUUUGAUAUACGCGUUAUUCUUGACCACAUUUACCUUACGUUAUAUUGACCUUGAAGUUCUUGAAUCUGUUCCGUCUUGCCGGUAGUUUAGAAGGGCUACUCACGUUAUUUUUGACCACAUGCACAUUACAGCGUUAUAUAAUUACUUAUAUAUCAUCGACCCACCUCCCACAAUGAUUUAUAUUACUCCCACAUCGUUUUCGUUGUGUUAUCAAUAUAUGAUUAACGACGCUCUUUCUAAUAUCCAUGUAGAAAGCAUCUUUCGGGAGUUGCUGAUAAAAAACAUUGUGGAACAGAGUUCGGCAGGAGACGUUGAGAAGAGCAAUUCGACGAAACAGAUGACGGGGUUUCUCCCAUUCGACGACUGCUAUCGGAUCCUCAAAGGCGUCGGGAAGAUUAUGAGUCUGACUUGCUCCAAAUUGGCUCCAACAUGACUUCUUGCGCUUUCGGAAAAAAUGAUAAAAAUGCAGAUGGUCUAUCUCUAUCGAUCGUUUCUGAGCAGUUGUAUUCCUAUUCCAGAAGUAGAAUACACAAUCGAUAUCGAUUUCUUGUUGGAUAUCAUUCAAGAUUGGUGGUUCUUGCUUCGCCCCCUAAGAAAGGUAACUACAUGUCGUGCACCAACUUAUCGAAGGUAUUGCUCUUUCAAUCGGUAAAUGGACCUUGUCGAAGGCAUCUUCCUUUCAACUAGAGCAGGAGAGAAAAGUUGUGUACCCUGUCAACUAGAAGAAACAGAAAGGAAAGGUGUCGCAAGAUACGUGGCUUCAAACUACACUCUGAUUACAGCUACAUUCUGAUGGAACGUUCUAAGAAGACAUCGGG